AUGCAAAAGGCGCUCGACAGUGUAAAUCGAGCAUACAUACAACUCAAGUGCAAGACAUGGUAUACCCGAGCUUUAUCGCGGUCUGGUCUCUACAAUGAUGAAACAAUCAGCUACUUCUGCAGUUCGUAUGGGAACGGCAUUAAGGCAAAUGUGUUCACGACAUUUGGCAUCGGUGCCCUGGUAGGUGUAGUUACUGCCUACGCUACACAACUAUUCGAUACCAUCAAGACACCUGCACAGGGUGUCGAAGGAGCUGGCAUUGGUGAAGCCUGCCAAAGCGUGAUUCGUGAAUACGGAAUUCGGGGGUCGGCUUCUUCUGAGUGGCGGUAUCUUAUUUUCUGUUAUGAAGAGGUGGCUGCUAUUCUGUCUCCAGGGACAAAUCGCUAG